AUGGAGGCGAUGCCCUGCCCCAAGCAGUGGGUGGGCUCGGCGGGCGGGCCGGCGGCGGCGGGGGGCGGCAGGCAGCUUCGCUUCGCCGAGCGCGACGGCGACAGCAGCAGCCCGGACAGCAGCAGCGGCUGCUUCUGCUCGGCCAGCAACGGCGGCCCCUGCGCGGGAGCCCCUCCGGCGGCGCCGGGAGCCCCGCUCAAGCUCCUGCCCAUGAACGACCAGAUCCGCGAGCUGCAGACCAUCAUCCGCGACAGGACAGCCAGUAGGGGUGACUUUGUCUUUUCUGCUGAUCGCCUGAUCAGGCUUGUGGUGGAAGAGGGGUUGAAUCAGCUGCCUUACACAGAAUGCACAGUGACCACUCCAACAGGGUACAAGUACGAAGGAGUCAAAUUUGAGAAGGGGAACUGUGGAGUCAGCAUAAUGAGAAGCGGCGAGGCAAUGGAGCAAGGCUUGCGGGACUGCUGCAGAUCUAUCCGAAUAGGAAAGAUCCUGAUCCAGAGCGAUGAAGAGACCCAGAGAGCCAAAGUGUACUAUGCAAAGUUCCCACCUGAUAUCUACAGGAGAAAAGUCCUCCUCAUGUACCCCAUACUGAGCACUGGCAACACUGUGAUCGAGGCUGUGAAGGUUCUUAUAGAACACGGAGUGCAGCCGAGUGUCAUAAUCCUGCUGAGUCUGUUCUCUACACCCCAUGGUGCCAAAUCAAUCAUCCAGGAGUUCCCAGAUAUCACUAUUUUAACAACAGAAGUUCAUCCUGUUGCACCAACACACUUUGGACAGAAGUAUUUUGGAACGGACUGAAGUACUUAAUCAGUUUGUCUUUUAUUACUGUAUGAUAUGACUUCCCCCCCCCCUACAUUUUGUAAUUUGAAGUGGAGGAAUCUGAGUGUAUUUAACACUUUUCUUUUCUUUUUUUUGCUGAAGGUGAAAACUGCUGUCAACUUUUUUUUAAUUUAAAAAGAGGAUCUUCACUUUUUUUUCUAUUUUAACUGAGUUUGGGGCAACAUGAGGUUGCUGCCGAUAUCUAAUGAUGCAUGUGUCUAAAUUACGGCCUUCAAAAAUCCCUUUAUCUUCCGGAGCCAGGUUAAUUGGCUGCUUGCUAACGCAAAAUAAAAUAACUGUGAAGGGCA